CCACCGCGCAAGAUCAAUCUCUCAAACGCCCGUCCCACCUACAAGAAAGGUGUCAUGACCUCCGCCAAGUACGCAACUAAAAGCCAUCUCUAUGCUAAAUAAAUGGACUACCUCCGCUACCACCGAGAACUCUUCGGGCACCCAUACUGGAUCAAGAACAUCAUGGUGCGGGAGAUUGCAAACUGCGAGAUGCUACGCAAGAACCCGCAUCCGAAUAUCUGCCGCUAUGUCGGUGUGAAUUACGGCAUGGACCAAGGUAUAACAGCGCUGCUGUUUAGACGCUACGACACAACAUUGUGGGGUCUAGUUUGCGACAAUCGGGUCUUUGAUGCGGAAAAGUGUAUACAAGGCAUACAAAAAGGUAUCCAGCAAAUCCAUUCACUGGGGUAUGUGCACUGCGACAUCAAGCCCGCAAACAUUUUCGUUGACACCAAGACCCAGAGUUUUGUGAUCGGGGAUUUCGACUCCAUGCAGAAGCAGGGGGCGUGGUUGAAGUAUAAAUGUGGUACGGAUGGCUGGGCGCUGGACAGGGCGGGGACGAGUGGAUAUAUCGUGAACGUAGAGCAGGAUUGGUUUGGGUUUGAGAUGGUAAGUGCGUGGAUCAAGGAGAAGGGGGGUGGGGAGCCAGUACCGGGGAUGGAGUAUCCCAAGACAGGUGAUAUUCUGGGGAGGGCGAAGAGGGGGUAUGAGAUGAAAUGGCAGGCAGAGAAAUUUAAGAAGCAGGCCGAGGAAUUGAGGAAGAAGGCGGAGAAACUGAAGAAGCAGGAAGAGGUUAAGAAGACGGUGAAGGAGAAGGCGGAAGCUGUACGUAAAGUGCAAGCUGCAAGAAAGCUUCUAGUGACGGAGAAGGCUAAGAUCAUACCGAAGGCGGAUGCGUUGGAGAAGAUUGAAGCGGCGAAGAAAGCAGCCGUAGCGAAACCUACUUAUGCCAAUGUGGUAGCGAAGCGCGAUCCGUCGCCCACCAAGAAGUCAGGCUUGCCGAAGAAACUCAGGGCACAGCCGCCCUCUUAGGAAGAGCUUUGUAGACGCUAGGCUAGGACAUGGUUCUCAAUAUCACAGAGCUCAGCAUCGAUGUAAGCUUCUGGAUCAGGUCUGGUAAUGUUGUCAACUCAGC